GCCAAACAGACCCUACCAUGAUGCGACCUUCAAGUAAACGCAUCAUUCUUUACAAAUCAUAAGUCCAUUAUUGAGACUUCUUAACGAUCGUCGUCGCUCGGAUCUCCUUCAACGCCUUUCAUUGUUUUCCUUCUUCUCCUGUACAACACUAUAGCGAUGAAGCCAGGAGGAUCAGCUUUAAAUCCCAACGCAGCAGCUUACAUACCAAUCUCUAAAAGAGAAGGUGGUUCUUCUGCAAAGACUGCUGCUGCCACCACACAUCACGUGCAGUACCACCAACCCUAUGGAGCGUAUGGUUAUGAUGGAGAACAUGGAAUGGGGAGUUUUCCAGGUUCUCAAAUGUACAUGCCAAAGACAACAACAUACUCCUCCUCCGACAACAAGCAGAUGAGGGAUGAGGAUUUGGACAUGGACAUGGAGAUUGAGUACCUUUUAGCCACCUUCUCUGCUUUGUCUCAUGAGUCUAUCAAUGAUGUCUACUUGGCCAACAAUGGUGAUCUUGAUGCUACUAUCGAAAUGCUGAAUCAGCUCGAGAUUUACAGUACUGAAGCCCAAGAAUACCUUCCGGACACACUGGACAUUGGCGAUGUACCUGAGACCAUCAUGCCUUCAACUUCCUCAGCUCCAGAACAAAAGAAUGCGAGUAAUGAAGCAAGUGCGUCAUCGACAUCCUCGGGUACCCUCAAAGCUCAUGUGUCUACCUCCUGAUUUGAUGAGUCCUUAAAUGGGAAGUAUUAUAAAUUUCUUGCAACGGAUAUGAUAUAUGAAGCUUGAUGGUUAUAAAUUAGGAGAGGAUCUCUUUCUAUGUUUUCCUCAUCCUCCCCUGCUUUGUUUCCUGGGGGAAAGAGAGUACAUAUGUAUAGUUUUUUUUUUGUUUCUUUUGAAUAUUUCAUGUUGGGUGUUGAGAAUUGGGAUUGUUCUUAUGGUGGACAAAAGCUAUGAAUCAGUGAUAUAGCCUUUCUACUC